AUGAGCACUCCACCAGACCAGCCUGCCGGGUCGUCCCCAGAGCUCGACCCACGCUCGUACCAUGAGCAUUAUCUUGGCUUGCAGACUGGCUCAUAUACUGAUCACCAGCUGCGCCAUGCUUCUGCCAACCAUCUGCAUAUGACAAACCGGCGAUUCUUCGUCGGACCAAUCCCAGAGGGUUGGUUGCAAGGUCACCGAAAGUCCUGGUAUAGAUCUCGAUUGAGGCUAAGGAAUUACACAUCCCAAGCCAUUUCCUUUUCGGCGGGCCCUGUCGCGACUCAUUACAGUGAGCAAGACAACCAGCCCGGACCUUCAGUGCCAGAUUUGGAUGAAGAAGUCGCCCUGACGCUCACUGACACAAAUAACCCGAGCACCGAGGAGGGCGAGAUUGAAGUCCAGGAAGAGCAGGAACAGGAAGAAUCUGAAUCUGAGCCUGUGGGUGAACUCAGGACCCUCACCCAUCCCGAGGCAGAGACCAGUGGCGAAGAUCAAUCACCAGAAGAGCACACGGAGACUGCAGAGGGCGCUUGGGAGGAUGAAGGAAACGAAGAAGAUAGUGGAGAGGACACAGACAGUACCGUCAAGGCGAGAUCAAGGACACAAGACGAUGUGUAUGACAAUGAUCUUGCCUCAUCUUCCUUUGUCACGGCCAGAGAAGAUGUUUCCAGCUCUGCAGACACCGGCGAAUCGAUGGCUACCCUGCGAGCUCAAAGAUUGGAGCCACCUGAUGUGCGUCCAAAGUCGCAAGGCUCGUACGAGACGACUGUGGCUGGGGAGACUUCUCACACGCCGCUGACUCCCAACCCUUCCAUGGUCCCAAGCGAGGCAGAUUCAACUACACAGCUGCUACGGACCCAGUUCAAGGAUAAGGGAAAACAGAGGAGCAAGGCAUCUGGCGUUUCCCGGGCGACUCUACAGCACCAUGAGCCACAAGAUGAAGACGAUGAAGGAACUGGCGAUCCGCAAAUACAACGAAGACUCACCAGGAAAAUGGCGAAGCUUAACAUCGACGAUAAUAUCAAACACAAGCAGCAACGGCUCCGCACUCGAAUUGCCAAGACUCAGGGCACUAUCUCUGCUAAUCGGCCGCGCCGGCGCAAGGUGCAAGAUGGGGAGAUCGUCAAAGCAGAGAAGAUGCUGGUCUGCGUCGAAGAAACUAUGCAGAAUACACUUCCCGCUGACUAUAACGAAAACGACAGUCUCCGCAUGGAAACACGAAGCGUGGAUAAAUGGAGAGAGUUUCUUGUCGUAUGUCGGAAAAGCUCCGCAGAGCAUACUCCAUUUGCGAUUCAGAUGUAUCGUACCCGCGUGAUUCCUGAUGUGCAGCGCCCGAACAGCAAAACCCCGCCUUAUUAUGAGGUACGACUGAAUCACAAAACUACGCACGUCAACCUAUAUUCUCCUCUCGACAAGACCAUUGUGAUUUGGUAUCCCCGGAGACGUGGGACGAAGAUAUUCAUUCUCCGGCCCAAGUCUGCAGCCCACUCAGCAGAAUGGUAUACCUUCAUUCGACAGGUCCUAGGAUGGCGCCGUCCCACCUCGCUUCCAAUUCAUGUUCCUGACCUUGGUGUUUCGCUCGUCUUCAAGAACCCCUUUAGCCAAUUCAACACAGGACUUAAGACAGACAACUCUGAUAGUGACCAAGCCACAGCAGCUUUGGAUCGUCCCGAAGUCGAUGUCAGAUUCGCCGCUGCAAACAUCAUUCGAGGGUGCAUGGAAAUGCUUGAAGGUCGUGCCGAGUGGGCUGAGGUGCUCAAGGCAUGGUCUAAGACCGAGAAGAUGGGACUGGCUUGGAAAAGGUAUGACCGACUGGAAUGGGUCUUUGGGGUCAACGAAGAAAAGAUGUACGGCACCAUCGCAAUGCAAUCAUCCCAUGAGCUUGAGCUGCGACCAAGGCAUCACUAUUCAACUGCAAUUCGCCACUGCGGUGGUAAAGAAGAGGAACCUGCCCCGGUUGAGGGGUUCCUGGUCCGCUUGACAUCUCAAAGGGGUGCGCAUCAACGGAUGAACAGGAUGUUUUUCAAAAGGCUUUAUUUCUAUAGUCACGAUCAUUACUUGUUCUUCUGCCGACCAGCCAAGGCUUUGCCACCGGCACCACCGAAAUGUGCACCGAGACCAGACGAAAGUGUGCCAUCUGCCCGUGAGAUCUUGGAUGCCAUGCCACUAUCUUGGGAAGUUGAUCCAUACCCCUUGCAAGAUGGUGAGAUCGCAUGGCUCUCAAAUGGAAACAAGGACUAUGUGAAGCGACACGAUGAGGAUGCAUACGCUCAUGUGCAGAGGAACGUGCACAACAUCAGUAAUUCCGACGGGUACGUUGAUCUGUGUAGGGUGCAGGAAGUUCGCAACAUCCAUCGUGGCAGCUCCCCUGCAGAUCCCAACAUUCAAGAAGGCCCUUCUGUGGACUUCGGCCGUGAACCUAGGGACUCUCGUCAGGAUGAUGGUGCUACACAGGAUAUGGAUGAUGAUCGCACUUUCGAACUGGCUCUAGACAAUGGCCUCGUUAUCCGUCUUCAGGCCUAUGACACUGCUACGAGAGAUGAGUGGGUCAAACGACUCGAUGUUUUGGUGAAGUACUGGCACACACGCUGUGCGGAUGAUGCGAAAGAACACCGGCUCCUGCGACAGCGCAAUCUGAAGCUUUUAGACAUUGACGAAGCAAUGGAGUCGGUUGUCGGGCAAUUUGCAAAGAAGUGGGAAGUAACCAAGGCUGAGGCUUCGCCGCACUUGCACAACAUGUGCUCGCUAGCGGGCUGCCGAACGAUCAAGAUGUCUGGCCAACUAUUCCGCAAACCUCGUCGACACGCCACAUUCAAGCAGAGCCAUGUGAUACUUACCGCGGGAAAGCUGCUCAUCUUCCGUAGCACACUGCGCAAGCGCAGCGGCGUCGAAAUCCCACACAUCCAUCAAGAACUUGAGACAACCAUCGAGCUGGAGGACUGCUACAUAUAUUCCGGUUUACUUACCGAGAACGACCUGCUGUAUGCAAACCAAACCUUUGACAGCAACAAUCCCGGUCUCCAUGCUCUUCCUCGAGUGUAUCUUGAUUCGGAUAAUUUUACCAGUCGCGAUGAGGAUACUGCCAUUACCUUUGUAGUGUGGCAGCCCUUGAGCAAGAGUUACUUCCGAGCCCAAGAAGUGGGAGCGCAAGGCAAAGCCAAACGCUCUCUGCGCCAUGUGUCCACGCUGGGCAAGCAUGGCCGCACUAUCGUUUUCAAGGCGCGUAGUCGUGUCGAGAAGGAUCGUUGGGUGAUGAGCAUUUCUUCGGAGAUUGAUCGUCUUCAGGAAGAGAAACAUGAAGAUAUACGGCUUGUUUCUCUCUAA